AGUAGGUUACACAUCCGAGGAGUGCAACAUGACAACGCAAGACCCAUCAGCCUCUCGUGAAACCAAAUCUGACCACGGAUAUCCCGCUGCCUCGGCCCUCUCCGCCCUUCAGUCACUAUCAAACGCUUCGUAAUAGUCAUUACCCAAGUCGUUGCCCCGGCCCCAAGCGGUCCCGUCCGCCCCUCCAUCAUCCCAGUCUUAUCGCUUAUCGCAUCCCACUUCGCGCGACUUCAGUUGAAUCUCGCCCCUCCAACCCUCCAUUCUCAUAAGUCAGCUCCGGCCGCUUCCCUUCCGGAGUACUUUAUCUGACCUACUGAACCGUUAAUCACAAACGGACGGAGGCAAAUACACCAUGGCGCCCAAGGCUAAUAUCCCAAUUAUUGACAUUGCCGCGGAGGGUGUCGACAGGGCCGCCAUUGCGCGCCAACUUGUCGAUGCCGCCGUCGAGCAUGGCUUCAUUUACAUCCGUAACACUGGCAAGUACAUCACGCUAAGCGACCAAGACUCGGCAUUUGAUCUGUCCAAGAAGUUGUUCAAGGCACCUGUCGAGGAGAAGGCGGCGUGCACUAUCCAGAAGAACAACCGCGGCUGGUCCGGUAUGCACUCUGAGACUCUCGACCCCAAGAAUCAAAAGGUCGGCGAUUACAAGGAGGCCUUCAACUUUGGCGAGUUCAAGGAUGGCAAGGCCCAGCAACCUCUGCCUCCCACCAUUCAAUUAGAUGAGCCCUUCCUGAACUCGUUUAGAGAUCAGUGCCAUACCCUCUGUCUGGAACUCCUCGAGCUUCUCGGCAUUGGCCUCGAUGUCAACCCCACAGACUUCUUCUCGUCCGCCCACCUCCGCUCAAAGGGCGACUCGGGCACGAUCCUCCGCAUGCUCUACUACCCGCCUACCUCAGCCACCUCCUCCAACCCAGACGACGUCCGCGCCGGAGCCCACUCCGACUACGGCUCCGUCACCCUCCUCUUCCGCCUCCGCGGCCAGGCGGGGCUCGAGAUCCUCACCCGCGAAAACACCUGGGCCCCCGUCCCCGUCACGCCGCCCGGCACCGAAGCGGAUGCCCUGCCGCCCAUCCUCAUCAACAUCGGCGACCUCCUCAGCUACUGGACCAACGGCCUCUUCCGGAGCACCGUCCACCGCGUCGUGUUUGGCGGGGAGGGCGCCGAGGGCGAGACGGAUACGGGGCCGAGGUACUCCAUGGCCUUCUUCUGUCACCCCGUGGGCUCUGUGGCGCUGGAUCCCGUGCCGAGCGAUAGGGUGAAGGAGUUUGUCGCGCCCGAGGGGACGCCGAACGCGAAUCCUUAUGCGGAGCGCAAGGUCAUGACUGCUGAUGAUCAUUUAUUCAUGAGGCUGAGGGAGAGUUAUAAGGGGCUGUACAAGGAGGAGGAGGCCAAGGCAUGAGUUUUCCCAAGUGGAAAAGUCCGAAUUCGUCAUGUUCGUAUGCAUUCGUAAAACAACCCAUAACGUUGUGACCUGUUGUAU